AGGAGGUGGAGGAGGAGGGCCACGAGUCUCGUAGGAAGAGGCAGCUUAGGACACGAAAAGAUAAGUAGAGACUUUGUCGGGCUACUGGUUACGAAUGGGGUCCGAGCAGAAUAGAUUCCCUCAGCAGGAACGGGAGGCGUAGCUUUAGGGAGAGAUGGAUAAAGUGGAAGCAGUUGCUUUGCUAAAACUAAUUUCUUACAUUUAUAGAUGGUUGGCAGAAGGGGUAGUUUUAAAGCUUCUAGAGGCUUGAGACAGUGUUACUAUGGAGUACCAGGAAAGUACAGGAUUUGGGAUGCCUCCUGCGGUUAAUACUUUGAUGUUGGACUUAUGGACUCCAAUAAUUGAGAAAUCCAGCAUGAACUGGAUAUGUGGAAAGUUCCUUUCCUUUCAGAAGGGAAAGAAAUGGGGUGGAUGCUGGGGUGCAUUAUCUUGUUUUCACUCGCAGAAAGGAGAAAAGCGCAUUGUACCUGCAUCUCGUUUACCUGAGGGAAAUGUUGUGACAACCCAGCCAAAUAGACCUCCAGCAGCCGGAAUGGCCAUCCAGGCUACAGUGAUAGAUCCAUCCCUACUAGCCCCACCUUCUUCUCCAGCAUCCUUUACAAAUUCUGCACUCCCUUCAACAGCCCAAUCACCGAGCUGUUUCUUGUCGAUGUCUGCCAACUCACCUGGAGGUCCUUCAUCGACAAUGUUUGCUACAGGGCCAUAUGCACACGAAACACAGCUGGUUUCGCCUCCUGUUUUCUCAGCCUUCACCACUGAACCGUCAACUGCUCCACUCACUCCCCCUCCAGAACUAGCUCACCUGACCACACCUUCUUCCCCCGAUGUGCCGUUUGCUGAGUUCCUAUCCUCAUCAGUGGAUCUUAAAGGAACAGGAAAGGAAAAUUACAUUGCUUCAAAUGAUCUUCAAACUGCAUAUUCUCUCUACCCUGGAAGUCCUUCCAGUAGCCUCGUGUCACCAAUUUCAAGGACCUCCGGUGAUUGCUUAUCAUCAUUUCCUGAAAGGGACUUCCCACCGCAGUGGAAUCCUUCAGUUUCUCCCCAAGAUGGAAAAUAUCCUAGAACUGGUUCCGGUCGGCUAUUUGGACAUGAGAAAGCUGGUACAUCUUUGGUAUCUCAGGAUUCUAAUUUCUUCUGCCCUGCUACAUUUGCACAAUUCUAUCUGGACAAUCCACCAUUCCCUCAUACUGGUGGUAGGUUAAGUGUAUCAAAGGAUUCAGAUGUUUACUCGCCUGGUGGGAAUGUACUCCAAAAUCGGCACAAUAAGUCUCCAAAACAAGAUGUGGAGGAACUAGAAGCAUACCGAGCAUCGUUUGGUUUCAGUGCAGAUGAAAUUAUAACUACUACACAAUAUGUGGAGAUAUCUGGAGUAAUGGAGGAUUCCUUUACUAUGAAGCCUUUCACUUCAACUAGUCUGUCAGCAGAAGAAAGUUUUGAACCAUCAUUGUUGGCUGAAAAUCUAAAUUCCGCACAUACAACCUUACAGAGUCUGAGGAGAAUUAAAUCACCACCUGAUGUUGUCCAAAAGGAUACCUGCACUGAAGUGCUGGCAUUAUGCACUGUUUAUGAAGAUAAUAAAUUGCAAAGACAACCUGGUAACAUGUCAGGAUCAAGUACCUUAAACCAAGUUGGAUCAGAUGUAUUUUCAAGGAUAGGGCCAUCAAAAAAUAGUCGGAAGUAUAAUCUUGGUUUAUCCUGCUCUGAUGCGGAAGUUGACUACAGAAGAGGAAGGAGCCUAAGAGAGGCCAAGGGAGAUUUUUUAUGGCAUGACUAAGAGAGCCAUCUCUGCUAGUUUACAGAAUGUUUAUCUUGUCUCACUCGAUGGUUUAACGAUAUAGUUUGUGUUCCUUAUCGUGCCAAUUUAUGGAAUGGAUCGAAUUUCUGUAUUUGGUUGAUGAAGUUUACUUUUUUUCAAUUAAAAAUGAUACAAUCUGCUUGCAUGUUCUGUA